ACAGUUUCACAAUCACAGAUCAGAGUCAGUGUUUGUUUUUGCAGAGUUGAAGUACAAUAAACUCUGUUCGAAGAUUUUGUACCUUUGUUGCAUUUUGCCUUCAGCAGGGACAGGCUUGGUUGAAUUUGUUCUCUCUCUUGGGCUGUUUCCGUAACUUAUCGCCUGGUGUUCCAUCAAAAUGGCUCACCUACGUAGCGUGAACAUGGAUCGCUUCCUUACCCUCGAUCAGGGCGGUCGAGUGCAGGUUAUGUACGUAUGGAUAGACGGUAGCGAUGAAACGAUGCGCUGCAAGACCAGAACGCUCGAAAAAGAACCAGAGAAGCCGUCAGAUUGCCCCGAAUGGACGUUCGAUGGCUCCUCAACAGGUCAGAGCGAAGGCCGUAAUAGCGAUGUUUAUCUCAGACCCGCUGCGUUAUUCCGGGAUCCGUUCCGUGGCGGCAAUAACAAAUUAUUGCUCUGCGAUACGUACAACUUUGAUAUGACUCCCAAUGCAACUAACCAUCGCGUGGCAUGCCUAGAUGCUAUGACUAAGCCGAAAGUUAGAGACGCUCACCCAUGGUUUGGUAUCGAACAGGAGUAUACUUUAUUUGACACUGAUGGCUCCGUCUUGGGAUGGCCAAAGGGUGGAUUCCCUGGUCCACAAGGUCCCUAUUACUGUGGUGUCGGUGCGGCGCGGACUUUCGGAAGAGAAGUGGUCGAGGCCCACUACCGUGCAUGUCUCUACGCUGGCGUAAAGAUUGCUGGAACCAACGCAGAAGUAAUGCCUGCCCAGUGGGAGUUCCAGGUCGGACCCUCAGAAGGAAUAGAUAUGGGCGACCACUUAUGGAUGGCCCGUUUCCUUCUGUAUCGAGUAGCUGAAGAGUUCAAUGUCGUCGUCAGUCUGGACCCGAAGCCGAUGAGCGGAGAUUGGAAUGGCGCUGGUGCUCAUUGCAACUACAGCACGGCGGAGAUGCGUGAAGCCGGCGGCAUCAAUCACAUAGAGAGUGCCAUUGAGAAGCUGAGAAAGCGUCACCCGUAUCACAUCUCCAUGUACGACCCGCGCGGAGGGAAGGACAACGAGCGACGACUGACAGGCCGCCACGAGACGUCGGAUAUCCACACCUUCUCGUCCGGCGUUGCCCAUCGUGGCGCGAGUAUCCGUAUUCCACGUCACAUAGCCGCGGAUAAGUGUGGCUACCUGGAGGACCGACGUCCGUCCAGUAACUGCGACCCGUACCAAGUCACUGAGGCAAUGGUGCGCACCACCAUCCUUGACGAGCAGUAGACCGGCGAAGCCUACGGCUUACUUGCGGCGUGGAUAAAGUGUGCUGAUGAUAACGUUGGUCGUCUUGUGCAAGGUGCUUCCUCUUCUUCUACGGAGGAACCCUUGAAGCUUUGCGUAUUCUGUGUACAUCAAGUUGGAUGUGUUCGCAGGCUUGUUUUUCGUAUAAAGCCUGCGACUUCAACUUUGUUUUGUUCGUGCAGUAGAGAACACCGUUUGUAGUUUAUCAUACUCGCGUAUCACACUCGCGUAACUCACUCGAUUGUUGGUUGGUAGUGGUGGUGUUCAGGUCCAGCCUGAAGCUGGUCUGCUCCAUCAAGUUGCACCGAGCACCAGUUAUGUUGUUACUGCUUGCACUAGUCUGUUCUCUCAUGCCAGUGAUCUUCUUUCUUUCCGCAUUCACCUGCCGAUAGUCUAGGUAGCGUUGCAUAGACCCAUGAAAGCACAGCGUGCUCUUGGCAUAUUAACGGCCUCUUCAUUUCUCAUGUAUUCCAUCCAACAGCUUGGUGCAUUCUGCUUUCUACAUAAUACAGGGCAUGCAGUUUGCUGGCCCUUGUUCAAAUCACUGGAUGUGAUCGAAAACUUUUCUUCUCUUUUUCAGUUCUCCUUUCGCUCUUCGCUUCCACUAAGCUGGCACUGCGCUACUUUGUCUUGAGGUGGACACGUCUUCCUUCCUUUCUUUC